AUGGCAGCAGCAGUACCAUUACUCCUGGAAGAUGUCGAACUUGGCUUACCUCCCAGUUACGAGGAGGCAAAGAAUGGAAAACGGAUAUUGCAUAAUCGUCCACUGCGAUAUCAUUGGUUUUUUAAUUCCAAUUCCAGCAAGGCGACAACAAGUUUAACACCUGUCAUAUUUUCCACUCUUGCUAUCAGAUUAGGAUUUCUGCGAAAAGUUUUUGGCAUACUAUCGUUGCAAUUUCUUAUUACAGUUGUACUUUGCACGACAUUAUAUGUAACGCCAGAAGUUCUUCUUUUCUUACAGCAACAGUUAUGGAUUACAUUUGCUUCUCUCAUCGGCUCAUUCAUUUUACUUUUCGCAAUGUUUAUCCAUGCUCAUUCGGUACCUCUCAACUAUAUAUUAUUAGUAUCUUGGACUAUUAUGCAGUCCAUCACUAUAGGUGCUAUUGUUUCUUUCUUCGAUAUAAAGGUGGUGAUUGAAGCAAUUGGUCUGACAGCAUUGAUCGUUGCCGGCCUUUUCAUUUAUACACUCCAAUCAAAGCGUGAUUUCCAGAGUCAGUGGGCUACGUUGUUCAUUGUUUCCAUGGCUUUCCUUGCUGCUUGUUUUGUAAAUCUACUUCUACAAUCAGCAUUAUAUGAUUUCUUGAUGGCUGCAUUUGGUGCUGUUUUAUUUUCCAUCUACUUGGUAUUCGAUAUUGAUCGUAUCAUGCAUCACACUUCACCUGAAGAUUAUAUUGAAGCAUGCGUAUCGUUGUAUUUAGAUAUUAUUAACUUGUUUCUGAGAAUAUUGCAGAUUUUGAACGAAUUUAAUCGAAAUUAG